AUGCUAUUGACUACAUUGUUUGCUGUUGGUGUUCUGGUGUGCGGAGUUUCUGGGAAAUCGGCCGUCAAAGACGUGCGGAUACCAUGUGAUUUCGGUAGCUAUGAUUUAAACGACGAUGAGGUGAUCUCUUUAGAAGAGUUCUUAAGUGCUACUGCAGGCUUAACAAAAAUAAAUCCCAGGACGUUGUUUGAACGCUUGGACACAAAUGGUGACCGGUUUAUCGAUGUUGAGGAGAUACAACACAUAGAUCCAAGUAUCAGAAGAACAGGAAUACUUAGUCACUGUCGUCGCCGUUGGUGUAUUUGGUGCAAUGAAGUCACUGUAAUAAAUCACGGAUAAAAUCAUUGCUUGGAAUAUCAGUCC